GGGGCGGGGCGGCGGCCGCGGUGCCGCACUCUGCGCGGAGCCCGAUCGCUUUUGUUGUAAAGGGAGGGCGGCGCGGAGGGGACUGUCAGCCGCCGCUCUGACAGGCGGCAGCGCGGUCGCCUUCCUCUCUCGCCUGCCGGCUGCAUGUAGGGCUGCGGCGGGGACCGGAGCUGGGGAGACAGCGGCCGAGCGGAGCUGAGCUCAACCGUAACGGGCUCGGUGGAGCCCAGCGUGGCGCCGCCACCCGACCCUGCGGCAGGAGACCGCCAUGGAAGUCAGCGCGGGGGGUGUAAUAGCUUACAUCAGCUCUUCAAGCUCGGCAUCCAGCCCAGCCUCAUGUCACAGCGAGAGCUCAGACAGCGGUUUUCAGUCGUCCUCUUCGCCUGUACCAUCCUCUCCGAACAGCUCCUCCUCAGAAAGAAGCUGCCAUGGCCGGAACAGCAAGGGCUCUGAUGGGGCACCCAAGAGCGAUUGUCUGGAGGAGACUCUUAAACCAAACCAGUCAAGUGUUGCUGGUUUGACAAAAAGCCAUAAUGGAGUCACAAAGUUUAAUGGCAUGGUUCUUCUUUGCAAAGUCUGUGGAGAUGUUGCUUCAGGAUUUCAUUAUGGUGUUCAUGCCUGUGAGGGCUGCAAGGGAUUUUUCAGAAGAAGCAUUCAGCAGAACAUCCAAUAUAAAAAGUGCUUGAAGAAUAACAACUGCUCUAUAAUGAGAAUGAAUAGGAACAGAUGCCAGCAGUGUCGCUUCAAAAAAUGCCUGUCUGUUGGGAUGUCACGAGAUGCUGUUCGAUUUGGCCGUAUUCCCAAACGUGAAAAGCAGAGGAUGCUGAUUGAAAUGCAGAGUGCCAUGAAAACAAUGAUAAGCGGCCACUUACCCAGUGAAGCGAUAUCAGAACAUCAAGAGCAAGCUCCUCAGGAAGGCCUUUCCUCCAAGCCAAAACAAGAGCAGGAAACCAUCAAAAGUCCUUCUCCCCUUCCUGGUGCUGACAUGGCUAAGGAAGAAGUGAUUGGUAUGGUCACUAGGGCCCACAAAGACACUUUCAUGUACAACCAAGAACAGUCCCAAAACGCAGCAGAGAUGAUGCAGGCCCAGAGCGGGGAGAGAGCGCCAAAGAGCAGCGAGCAGUACAUCUCGAACGGCGAGCACUGUGGUGGUGGGCUUGGGGGCCCUCAGUACCCUGACAGUGAGCAGCACCUCGGCGGACAGUACAGAGGCAGAAGUGCACUGCAUUACCCAGCUGGGCACGCCGUGUGUUUCACAAAUGGCCACUGUAUGAACUUCACCAGUGCCUAUACGCCGCGACUCUGCGACAGGAUGCCGGCAGAUGGCUUUGCUCCAAACAGGAAUACCACUUACUCCUGCAGCACUGGAGGAAGAACGCAUUUGGUCUGCCCAAUGAGUAAGACUCCACACGUGGACCCAAACAAGUCUGGCCACGAAGUCUGGGAAGAGUUUUCCCUGAGUUUUACCCCUGCAGUGAAGGAAGUGGUGGAGUUCGCCAAGCGCAUCCCAGGUUUCCGAGAUCUCUCUCAACAUGACCAGGUUAAUCUCCUGAAGGCUGGGACCUUUGAGGUUUUAAUGGUACGGUUUGCAUCUCUGUUUGAUGCAAAGGAACGUACUGUCACCUUCCUGAGUGGAAAGAAGUACGGUGUGGACGACUUGCAUUCAAUGGGAGCUGGGGAUCUGCUCAACUCCAUGUUUGAAUUUAGUGAGAAACUAAAUGCUCUGCAGCUUAGUGACGAGGAGAUGAGUUUGUUUACAGCAGUUGUCCUGGUGUCUGCUGAUCGCUCUGGAAUAGAAAAUGUCAACUCUGUGGAGGCACUUCAGGAAACACUAAUCCGUGCAUUAAGGACUUUAAUCAUGAAAAACCACCCAAAUGAAGCCUCUAUUUUCACAAAACUUCUUUUGAAGUUACCUGACUUGCGUUCCUUAAACAACAUGCACUCUGAAGAACUCUUGGCCUUUAAAGUUCACCCGUAGACCUUUAGGUCUCGUUUGUACUUGGAAUUGCCUCGUGUUAAACUGUUUUGUGCUAAAGUAUGUAUUUAUACAGUUGUACCACUUGUUGAAGAGAGAGUUCACAGACUGUGAACAAUCGAUAGCUGUCCCAUAGCCAUGCAGUAAUGCUUCAGCAGGUGCUUGCAGCUAAAAGCAGCACAGCCUUCAGAGUUCUCCAGGAUGCCCAGACCCAGCUGUGCUGCACUUCUGCAGAAGAGCCUGCAGUGAGCCUGAGUAAAUAUGGACUAUUCUUUCAUUAAGAAAAAAAAGAGAACCACCACUGCCCUCUCAUGAACUGAAUGAAAGGUAGCUGAGUAUGUGCAUGGACCGGGGUGGGAACAAUCCUGUACUACUAGGCAAAUGGAAGAGCUGAUUUAAUUGGUCUUUCUCUUAUUUAGUAGAUGUGUGUCUGUGUCUCUUGGUCACUCACUCACUCACGAUUUCACUGUUGUUCCAUUAAACCUGAUGGAAUGGUUUCAGCCUGCACCAACUCUUCACAGGGUUUGUGUUCAUGCCAUGUGUAUAUACUAUAAAUAGCUAAGUAAUGAGUGUUUAUGGCUAUAUAAAGUACAGAGUUGUGUGUAUAUAUGUGUAUGUAUAUAAAUAGUUCUAUACAUAAAGUAUACAUAUAAUUUCUUCACAAUAUUUUAAACUGUGAAGGAAUUUAAACCAGAAGGUGGUCUAUGGAAAGAACCAAACAGAUGCACUUUGCAUACUGCUGAAAUUAUCUGAGCAUUUCUAAUUUUUAGAAACAUCAAGUUUGUAUUAAAUAUGCUGUGUUUGUUAAUUUAAGAGAAAAAACACCACCACCAAAAAACAAAACAGAGUGGCACCAAAGGGGCAGAGUCAGGUUCAACUUCUGGGGGGGAUCCUGAGAGCAUCUCAAGGAGAUGGUUGGCGUGCCGACGAGAGAGAGGUUGUCCCUUGCCACUGAGGUUGGAAGGUUCUGACAAAAGAAGCACCAGGUGCUCUUUAAAGUUAAACUUCAGCACAGCCAGAAGGAAAUGACCAGGUGAAUAACAGCAUCUAUCAGAAACAUACGUGUCCGUGGCUGUGUUUCGGUGUCUGUGUGUUCUCGCAAUACGCCGUUCUGCUGCUGCGUUGCUCAAUGAGAACUGGGAACAGGGAUGUGAGGUUCCCCAGCUCAGUCACAGUUCGGGCUUUGUGGUUCCCGUGCCUGUUCUGGAGCUCUCUGUUGGUGUGUGUGUCUGGUGGGUGUGUGUGUGUGUGUGUGUGCAGAGAAGGUGCACUGGGUGGUCUGGACUUUUCCUUUCAAAAAGAGCACUGCAAAAACCAAACAGGACUUUUUUGUUGUUGUUGUUGAUGCCAGUAGCAAAUUACCAAGCAGAUCCUGGAGGUUCCACUGCUUUUCCACUUAUGAAAGUGGCUCUCUAUGGGUUUUCUGCAUUCGUAUCAGGACCUAGCACCAGAAAAGAGCUAAAGGGAAGAAAAAAGCAGCUGUGUUAAUUAGUUACAUUUCUCUUUUGCUGAUGUGGGAAGAAGAUGCUCCAUUACCCUUGUCUUACCUUGGAGAUAGCCCUUUGGGUCUCUAGCAUUUGAUAACACUACUUUGUGGAGGGGAAGACCUCUCCCUUUGUUCCUGCAUUGAGAUGUAUGCAGUAGGUGAGGCCAGGAGCCAGAAAGCUGCCAGAUUGCAGAGCACCUCCUCACCGUGCUGGAGUGGCUCUCGCACAGCAGCGAGUCCACCCAGUGGGAGCCCUGGAAAAGAAGCAGACUUCUACCUGCCCCUAAGCUUCAGGUUUGCACCCUGGCACAGCUUUCAUCCCCCUUGGGCUGGGGAGUGCCCCUCAGAAAGCGGUGGCCAGGGGGCCAGGAGCAGAGGAGCAGGAGAGACGGUGCUUGAGUGAGGGACAGGGAGGAGCCUGCUUUAGCCUUGGCUAAGGAGCAGAAGGUCCCACCCUUUUCCCCACCUCCACCCUUUGCCCCUCCACAGCUGCUGCAGGCAGAGCCGUCCUGCCUCGAACUACUGUAACCACUUGAUACUGGCCCUUCACUCCCUCCAGUUUUGCUAUCCAAACGUGCUGCCAGGGCAUAUUGUCCUGCUCUGUGUUCACAGUCUGCGUUCUACCAGUAUUACUUGUUUGAGAGCUUCACUGAAUUAUGUGUUGAACCAUUCAAGCUUUAGAGAAGACAGUCACAUGUGGUGUGCUAUUUAGGAGCUGAAACGGCUUCGUAGACCCCAUUUCAAACGUGCGAAGUGCAGUUAACUCUGGGGUGUUCGGGGAGGGAAGGAGGCUUCCUACAGCAACUGCCACCUUACAGCUGUGUUCUGUUUUGUUGUGGGGUUGGUUGGUUGGGGUUGGUGUUUGGGGGGCGUAUGCUUGGUGUGGGUUGGUUGGUUGGUUUGGUUGGGGGUUACUUUGUGUGUGUGUGUGUGUUUUGAUUAUGUUUUUCUUUUCUUAAAGCUGUAUUGUUAAGCCUUUAGGAAUGUAUAACCAGGACUGAGUAAUUUACUGCUUAUUCCAUUUUUAGUUAGCUUGACCAUGUUAUGCCUUUAGAUAGAUAUUCUGACUUGUGCAAUCUCAUUGGAAAUUAUCUUCCUAUACUUAAGGGAAAAACUCUAAGAACAGGAAAGAAACAAAUAGAAGCCCCAAGCAGAUUGACUGAGCAAAAACACGGAGUAAAGCACUGUCCAAAGUGACCCACGUGUUGCAGACCUUGGCUGGAAGGAAGUGGCAACUCACCGCGCCAGCUGUGUGUCGUGAGCUGUUCCUUCACUGUGUCACUGGUUAUACACUUGUUAAACGCUGAGAUAAUAGACUUCAUGCAAGGCAUUUGAGUACUGUAGGCUGGGUCAUUGCUGAAAGGUUAAUGUACUGUAUGACUUAAAUGGAGUUUUUAUUCUUGAUUUUAUUCUUGAUUUCUGUUCUUGUUUCAAAAGAUUAAAUAUGGGCAUUAUGUCAGCAACCUAAA